AUGACGAAACUUGUUCAUAAUGUACAGAAGAAACAGCAUAGGGAGAGGUCUCAAAAGACAAGCAGGGCCAGGUAUGGUUUGCUUGAGAAAAAGAAGGAUUAUAAGCUAAGAGCUGCUGAUUAUCACAAGAAACAAGCAGCUUUAAAAGCUUUGAAGGAGAAGGCCAAGUCACACAACCCAGAUGAGUACUUCCAUGCUAUGACUAAGAGAAAAACUGAUGAUAAGGGGAUUUUAAUUGCAGACAGAGGGAACGAAGCGUUAAGUGUAGACCAAGUUAAAUUAUUGAAAACUCAGGAUAUCAAUUAUAUACGAACGAUGCGUAUGCAAGAGUUGAACAAGAUCAAAAAGGAACAAGAGAUGAAAUUGUUUCAAGGAUCUGGGAAACACACCAUCUUUGUCGACUCUAACAAGGAACAGGCCGAUUUCAAGCCACAUGUCUAUUUUGAUACCGAUGAAGCAUUAUUAAAUAACAAGGAAAACAGGCUUCGUCGAGAACAACUAUUUUCAAAUACUCCCAUUGUUGGUUCUUCACAAGGCGUUUCCAGUGCUCAAAAAGACAAAUCAGAUGAGAAGAAGCUAAAACAGUACAAACUAUUACAAAGGAGGAUAGCAAAGGAAAAAGAAUUAAAAGAGGUUGAGGAAAUAAUGCAGAUAAACCUAGAAAAGAUGAAGAGUGGUAGUAAGAAGAAAAUUGCAAAUAAUGGGAAAACCUACUUUAAAUGGAAAAAUCAAAGAAAAAGGUGA